AUGAAGAUAGGAGCGUUGAAACUGCCGAACGUGAAGCCGCAGCAUGCGUGGAUACUCCCGCUGAUCUCGCUAGCAGGGUGGUGGGCGAUGCUUGUGGCGUUGAUGAUCUGCUGGUUCGCCAAGGGCAGACCGAUCUUGGACACAGACCACACAGAGAUGCCGCACUUCAUCGUGUACCUCUCGAACAUCGCCGCCACAGACUUGCAGCCCAUCUUCAUCUGCGGGUCUGCGGUGAUGGGCAUCUUCUUCGUGUGGGCCGUCAUCGAGGACUACUACUUGCGCACGCCGGAAAAGAACUACUUCCCCGUGACGUUCCACUGGUUUGUCACGGGCUUGCACGCGUUGGCGAUAGCGCUCUGCAUCAUCGGCUGCUUGUGCAUCUUGAUGACGUCCUGCUUGAAGGACAACUGGCAGUACUCCAGGCCGCACUCGGUCUUCGUUAUCUUGUUUGUCAUCUUUGUCUUCGCGUACAUCUGCGCACACUCCUUGGCGUUCUUGCUCCACUACAGACACUACAAGAUCCGCUACUUCAUGCUGAGCGCCGUCGCCAAGAUCGUGUGGACGUGCAUCGCCAUCGUCUUGGUUGUGUGCUACGGCGCGUUCAUGGGCAAGGCCAACGCAGAGGGCUUGCACUCCAAGUACUGGGGCUACUCCGCCAUCAUGGAGUGGACCCUCGUCUUUUUCUACGGCUUGCUCAUGUUCAUCAUCACGUCCGACUUGCGCAGAAGCAACUACGGCGACUACGUCGAGUACUACGUCAACAGAGAGGCAGACUUGCGCCACAAGGAGUUCGACGAGUCCUCCAACAUGGAUUACGGCGAAACCACCUUCGACACCAGCGGCAUGAACGCCGCCGCUAACGUCGAUGCCACUACCAACGCCAGCGCCACGGGCAACAACCCCGGCCUUGAGGACCUCACCGCCGUCUCCCAGCACGAGACCUGGGACAACGCCACCCCCUUCGACCGCCCCGGCGCCAGACCGGGCGUCGCCCCCACCAGCAGUAGAUACGUCCUGUGA